AUUUCUCCAAGCUAAAGGAGGAAGAACCAUGUCUUCACUUCUCUGUAAUCAUCGUAUGCCACUGGAUGACAAUCUUAUUCAAAUGCAACAAGGAACAAUGAUGCGCAAGGUGAAAUCCAAGAAUUGGAAGAAACAACGAUUCUUCAUGUUGCAGCAGGACUGCAUGACAGUCUGGUACAAAUCUAAGAUGUCUGGCAAAGCCAAAUCAGCCUUUUCUGUCAGUGAUGUGGAGACAAUCCGUGAAGGUCAUCAAUCAGAGGUGCUGCGAAGUCUGGCUGAGGAGUUCCCAGCUGAGUGCUGCUUCACUGUUGUCUUCCAUGGGCGGCGAAGCAAUCAAGACCUCAUUUCCAGUUCAGCCGAGGAGGCUCAGUGUUGGAUCCAAGGUUUGAGGCGCCUCAUAGAGAUGGUCAUUAACAUGGAUCAGAAAGAGAGGCUUGAUCAAUGGAUCUGUGACUGGUUUUUAAAAGCUGAUAAAGACAACGAUGGGCGGAUGAACUUCAAAGAGGUCCAGCACUUGCUCAGGAUGAUGAAUGUGAAUAUGAAUGAAGACCAUGCCUUCCAGCUCUUCCAGAUGGCUGACAAAUCAGAAACAGGGUCGCUGGAGGGAGAGGAAUUUGUGCUGUUCUACAAAGCAUUAACUCAGCGGGAUGAGGUGCUUGAGAUUUUCCAGGAGUACUCUGAAGAUGGGAAGAAGCUGACCCUGUUGGAAUUUGUGGACUUCUUGCAACAGGAGCAGAUGGAGGUUGAUGGCACUGAUGAGCUUGCAAUGGAACUGAUUGACAGAUACGAACCAUCUGAGACUGGCAAAGCUCGUCAUAUCCUGAGCCCAGAUGGAUUCCUCACGUAUCUCUGCUCACCAGAUGGCUCAAUCUUCAACCCUGAGCACAGGAAGAUCUUCCAGGAUAUGUCUCAACCUCUCUGCCAUUAUUUCAUCUCUUCCUCUCACAACACAUAUCUGAUUGAAGACCAGCUGCGAGGACAAAGCAGUGUUGAAGGAUACAUCAGGGCUCUCAAACAAGGCUGCCGGUGUUUAGAGGUUGAUUGUUGGGAUGGAUCAAAUGGAGAACCAAUUGUCUAUCAUGGCUAUACAUUCACUUCUAAGAUCCCGUUCCGUGAUGUUGUGACAACUCUUGAGAAAUAUGCCUUCUGGACAUUUCAUUACCCUCUAGAUAACAUCUUUAGUUUUAUCUUUAGUAGCAUUGAAGAUCUUACCUAA